CAUAAUCACAAGACCCCUUAUCCGAUCAAACUCCACACGUCACCAAAUUUCUAACUCUAAUCUUUUUCUCUUUCACCACUCAAUGCCCAAAAAAUAGGAUGGCCAUUCUCGUUUCACAUAUUCAAGUUAGUGUUCGGCUUUCAUCAGCGUGAGCCAUGGCUUUUUCGCUGUACUCAGGAGUGCUUUCCAAUGGCGAAAGCAAAUUAUUGCACGAUAAAUUGAAGUUAACUAGUUGUGGAAGAUAUGGCUGCGGUAGAGCUAAUUUCAAUGGCAAUCUGAUAGUAAGAGUAGGUUUGGGUAGAUGGAGCCUCCGGUGUGAAGGGUUGAGACGGAGACAGUCACCUUCAAGCUGUGGUGGGAUUAGCUCAGUUAUAGCUGAGGUAAAGAAGAAACUGUGUUUUCCGGAGGUGUCUAGUCUUGAUUUUUGGAAGAAACGGACCUAUGUUGAGGGAGCAGCGGUGGUAGUGGCAUUAGCACUGAUGAUGAGUCCCUCGGCUCAGGCUGUGGACGCAUUGAAAACUUGUACUUGCUUACUCAAGGAGUGUAGAAUCGAGCUUGCAAAGUGCAUUGCGAAUCCAUCAUGCGCUGCUAAUGUUGCGUGUCUCAACACGUGCAACAACAGGCCGGACGAGACUGAAUGCCAGAUAAAGUGCGGAGAUUUAUUUGCAAACAGCGUUGUGGACGAGUUCAACGACUGCGCAGUCACGCGGAAGAAGUGCGUGCCUCAGAAAUCUGAUCUAGGCGACUUCCCCGCGCCAGAUCCGGCCGUUCUAGUGCAGAACUUCAACAUGAGUGAUUUCAAUGGGAAAUGGUUCAUAAGCAGCGGUUUGAAUCCCACAUUCGACACUUUUGACUGCCAACUGCAUGAAUUCCACACCGAGGGGAACAAGCUUGUGGCGAACUUGACAUGGCGGGUCAAGACUCCGGACACGGGCUUCUUCACCCGAACAGCAGUCCAGAACUUCGUCCAAGAUCCUAAAUAUCCGGGGAUAUUGUACAACCACGACAACGAGUAUCUUCACUACCAAGAUGACUGGUACAUUCUCUCGGCCCAGGUGGAAAACAAACCGGACGACUACAUAUUCGUCUACUACCGCGGCCGGAACGACGCGUGGGACGGGUACGGCGGCGCGGUGAUCUACACCCGGAGCGCGGUCCUGCCCGAGAGCAUCGUGCCCCGGCUGGAGAAGGCGGCGAAGAGCGUCGGCCGCGACUUGAGCCAGUUCAUCAAGACGGACAACACGUGCGGGCCCGAGCCCCCCCUGGUGGAGCGGCUGGAGAAGACGGUGGAGGAGGGCGAGGGGUUCAUCGCGAGGGAGGUCGAGGAGAUCGAGCAGGAGGUCGAGCAGGAAGUCGAGAGGGCGAAGAGGACGGAGAUGACGUUGUUCGAGAGGCUGGCGGAAGGGUUCCAAGAGCUGAUCAAAGACAAGGAUUACUUCUUGCAAGAGCUGAGCAAGGAAGAGAUGGAUUUGUUGAAUGAUCUGAAAAUGGAAGCAAGUGAGGUGGAGAAGCUCUUUGGAAGAGCUUUGCCUUUGAGAAAAUUGAGGUGAAAUGUGUUGUAUAGUGAAGGAAAUAAUACAUUGCAUUUUAUUAGUACCAUUUUAUGCAAAGACUCAUGUAUAGCUCAUACAUGAUUCUAUAGAGAAAUAUCAUGCUACACUAGCAUAGUUAUCAUUUAAUUUACAUUUAGUGUAAUUUUUGCAUUUUAUA